AUGGUUUCACUUUCUGAUUCAGAUGAAGAAUAUUAACCUAAAAAACAGCAUCAGUUUGGAGUUUUUAAAGAAAGACAAAAAUCUUCUUAGUUGUCAACUGGUUAACAAUAUUCUUUUUAAACUUUACCAUCUGAAUAAUAAUUCUCUAAUUUUAUUACUUUUCAAGCUAUUCCAUCUCAAUAAGGAAUUCAUAAUAAUGUAUUCUCUAAAUUUCAAAAAGAGAUGAAUGAGUUUGCUAGUAAAUAAACCAAAAAUUAAAAGAACUUGUAAAAAUAAUGA